GAUGAGAUGGAGAGAGAGAAUAGGGAGAGGGGCGAGGGGCAGUUCGGAUUGAGAAUAAGUAUGAAAGGCACGAGUCAGGGGGCGAACAAUAAAUACGAGUAAGAGGUGAUGAGGCUUAUGAUAACCCUCAUGAUCGUCACGUCGUUUUUAUUCGCGUCUCCCGAUAACUCCCAGAAUUCCACGCUUCAGCCUUGGUUUUGCUUUGCCUUUUUUGCCUGUCUGCCUUGCGCCCUCUCUCUCACAAUAAGCCAGUCAACCUCCUGUCGUCCUCACUGUCUUCUAUUUAAAUCAAGGGUAACCACUCUCUCUCUUUCUCUCUCCCUAUCUAUCUUGCCUGUUCAAUCUCCAUCUCUGCAACUAAAAUACCCUUCAUACAGCUGAGCUGAGUAUAUAGCACUCAUAUAUCCUCCUUCCCCAACAAAGACAUAUGUGGUGAGAGAGAGAGAGAGAGAGAGAGGAGAGCGAGAGCAGCAUCAUCAUUCUCUAGCUUGUUUCAUUCCCUCACCUGUAAAUUGUUCAGCUAAGCAUAUAGAAACCAUUUUCCCUAGAUAGAUAUAUAACGAGAGUGAAAUCUAGCGAGGGACACAGUUAGAGAGAGGGGGAGCUGCUGCUGCUGCUGCUACUAGGCUACAAUGUGGAUGAUGGGUUGCAGUGAUGGAAGUGGGUUUAACAUGGCGGAUUCUUUCAACGGUCGGAAGCUUCGGCCUCUCAUGCCAAGGCUUACUACUAAUAGCACUAACACUGCAACUGUAAUGGCUCCUUGCUUGACUCGUAUUCAUGGUACAGAUUUCUUUGCGUUGAAUACUCAUCUGGCCACUGUAACCGAACACAGUAAGAGAGAGUUCAGUGCACAACCAGUGGUGAGCUCCCGGUGGAACCCCACACCGGAGCAGCUACGGACCCUCGAGGAAUUAUAUCGAUGUGGAACUCGAACGCCGACGGCUGAGCAAAUCCAGCACAUCACUGCUCAGCUCCGCCGGUUUGGCAAGAUCGAAGGGAAGAAUGUGUUCUAUUGGUUUCAAAACCACAAGGCAAGAGAAAGGCAGAAACGCCGUCGUCGUUCUGCUGCUUCCGAAGAACAACAGCACUACGAUACUGAAAGCUUAGACAAGAAAGAAUCAGGGUCGAGUAGGACAGGCUAUGAAGUUGAACAGACCAAGAACUGGGCUCCCCCUACAAACUGCAGUAGCCUUUCAGAGGAAACUGUUUCAAUGCAAAGAGCAGCAGUAGCAGAAAGUAGAACAGACGGGUGGAUUCAAUUCGAGGAGGGAGAAUUACAGCACAGAAGAACCUCAGUAGAAAGGAAUCCUACGUGGCAAAUGAUGCAGCUAUCUUCUCCUCCCACCACCCCUCUCAAAAACACCAUAACCACAGCAACAACAGAAGCAAUAACAGUAGUAGACCCAAAGCUCAUAAACAACCAAAAUCUGGAGCUUUUUAAAACACCCAGCAGAGAAUAUCUCCCAGCUGAUCUCCUCAGCAAUGGCGAAGAACGCAAAGACCAGGAGGAGUGUGGAGAAUCUCAAACGCUUCAGCUCUUCCCACUAAGAAGCGACAGUGGAAAUGGUGGUGUCGGUGAUGAAGAGAAGGAGACUGAGGUGCCGAAUCCAACCACGAAUUCCAACUUUACUACAUACCAAUUUUUUGAGUUCCUUCCCACGAAGAACUGAAGAAGGAAACUUACCCAUGUGGAGAUGGUACUAGUGGGGCGUGGGAUUACUUUGUUAUGUAUGUAAGUUAAUGGGUGAAGCUUACAUUUUGUUGUUAUUGGAAAUUCCCACUGUUUUAAUUAUUGCUCUUAUUUUUAUACUUCAUGGAAGGUGUGCAAAGGAUGGGUGUGGGCAUUUAGUGAUGUUGGAGUUAAGAAGGUUUCCAUAAAAUGCAUUUCUACCAUGAUGGCUGGAAUAAUGAAGAGCUUAAUUAAGGAAAAUAUUACAGGGUUCUGUGUUGAUAGGACUACUUUAAUUCUACCUUCUAGGCUCAAUAAUUAGGCAUGAGAGAGAGAGAGAGAGAGAGAGAGAGAUGGUGAUGGAGACUUUGGUUCAUAAAUUG